UGGCUGACUUGACACUAACUGUCCCGAGAAGGAGGACAAGGAGUGUUCUGCUGUCCUGUCCUCUGCUCUAUGGACACUUUCUUUGUUGUUGAAUGUAGUUAUUAGUACAGCGGACACGGGUCUAUGGCUCCUUAAACUUUACAUUUACUAAGAACCGACCAAUAACUGGACUCCACCCCCACCACCACCACCACCACCCCCCACUGGAUGUAUGCAGACUGAUAUCCUCUCCAGCGAAUGGAGUCGGAUUUAAAAAAAAAAAAAAAGAAAAUCUUCAUUUUUAUCGAAAGGAAAAUAAGAAGAGAACAUGAGUUUUGCUCACAAUGUUAAAAAGUAUUGAGGGGUUGUUUACAAGAGGAGACAAGGGGGGAAGAAGUGACAUUCUGCUAGCCCAAUAAGAAGCGUAAAGACAUAAAGGAUCAGUUACAACCAUAAACCUUGUGGCGCUCCUGCUUUUACUUAUCGUUUCUGGACUUAAUUGAGAACAGAUCACUUGGCUUCGUCUACCUGUCUUUUCGAGGAAAUCCCUGAUGCAUUCUCUUGCCCCCUCUCAACAUGCUGGCUCUGAGGCUGGAGCAGGGCAGCGGGGGUGGUGAAGUCGAUCCCCUGCAGAAAGGGGACACUGUGGCUCGGCAGGGCCGCCAGUCAGGGAGGCCCCCUCCUCACGAGCAGAGCAGUAACAUCAGGGAAAAGAUCUCCCAGUGGGAAGGUCGCAGUCAGCAGGGCAGCAGCCAGGAUGCCGGGGCCAAAGCACAUCCUCCGACUGUAUCCAGAUCUCUGUCUGGAGAUCACCUGGGCAACGGAUGUUCCAAUGAGGGAUCGAGAGGGGGGUUUAACUCUAAAGCUUUAACCUUGGGCUUAGAUUUCCGAGUAUCCCCAGUAAAAGCUGGACAUGGUGUGGUUAGUAGGAAGUCAGAACCUCUGCAGAAAUGUACCAAUGAAUUUUCACCCACAUCCCCGGGAACGAAACCACUCGCAGCAGAAAUGUUUGCGUCGUCCAAAGCGGAGGCCAACACUCCUAACCCCGCAGGUAAACGUGCCUUCACAGCCAACAGCGAGCAGAAAACGGAUCGCAUCUUGGAUGUUGAAGUAGUUUCGAAACAUCUACCUCUAUCGGCGAACGACCAAGACGACAACAUGCCUGCUGGAAACUUCUACACGUCGCGGGGUUUCUGGCGUAAACUCGAGGGGGACCGACUGCACUGGGAGAAAGGAAAGGGGUCUCCAGGUGAAGUCCAGCCUCCUCCCAAACCUGUGCGGACAUUCCAGUACCGGGGAGCCAACAACAACAACACGGGGCACGCAAUGCAACAGAGCAGCAGAUCCACUCAUACCAAGCGCUCCAACGUAAGGAGUAGGAGGGUAGCCCACCCACCCAGCUUUCCACCGCCUCCAUGUCCUGUAGCAAAGACUAAUGGGCUUUCAAGGCAUAAAAAGAACAGGAAGUCCUUUGAGUACGAGGACGCGGCACAUCUGACGGCGAAGCAAGGCACGAGGAGAGGCGAGGACAGAAACUCGCUCCUUUACCACGCCUACUCUGACGACAAUAUUUACGAGGACAUUGUUUGUGAAGGGGCCAGAGAUGAGCCCUAUGAGGAUGUCAAGCUAUCUCCCAUGUGUCUCCCUAUUGGAAGGCCUCACGGCCCCAAGCUGCCUCCUAAACCCCAAACGCUGCAAGGCUUUACUAACAAAGUGGAGAGGAAGAGGUUCCAAACAUCAACACCAGCCAAAUCAUCAACACUUGCAGAUACUCCCAAACCAGCUACACCGCGGAGGGCGAGCACUCAGAAAAUACAGAGGACACCUCAGUAUGUCAACAAGAUCGAGACCAUCUUUGAUGACAAGCGAAGGAGGAAGAGAGUAAAGAACCAGGGAGUCUCAGUGCGAGAGGAGACCAGUGGGACAGAGAGCGACCCUGAGGACAACACCAAAGCAGGCUCCAGGAGGUCAGUUUACAUCCAGUCUACACUGAAACGUCGUCCAGGUUACCGCACCCUGGAGAGAGACCUGAUCCAGCUGCAGCAGCAGCAGCUUUUCCAGAUCUUCGUGGUGGUGUCGCUGAGAAAAGGCUCCUCGGGAAACACCUACUCCCCUGAAAUCACUCAGCAGUUCCCCAAACUGUUUGAGAAGUCAUCCCGGCUCUCCAGAGAGGCAGAGGAUCAGCUGAAGGUCAUUCCCAAUUUCUGUUUCCCCGACUCACAGGACUGGAAGCCCUCUUCACACAUGCCAAGUGAGACGUUCUCCUUUGUCCUGACCUCAGAGGAUGGCAGCCGCUGGUUCUGUUACUGCCGAAAGAUCUUGCCCAUUGGAAAAGGGAAGAGGCUUCCUGAGGUGCACUGUAUUGUCAGCAAACUUGGCUGUUUCAACCUCUUUGCAAAGAUUUUGGAUGAGGUUGAGAGGCGCAGGGAGAUUUCCCCAGCGCUGGUCUACCCUUUUAUGCGUAGCGUGAUGGAGGCCCCUUUUCCAGCCCCCGGACGCACAGUCGCCAUCAAGAGCUUCAUCCCUGGCUCUGGGAACGAGGUACUGACUCUGUGUCGACCGGUGGACUCCCGGCUGGAGCACGUGGACUUUGACGGUCUGCUGCAGUGUCUCAGUGUCGGGAAUCUCCUGCGGGUGUUUGCCUCCCUUCUGCUCGAGAGGCGGGUCAUCUUCAUCGCUGACAAACUCAGCGCGUUGUCUCGGUGUAGCCACGCAGUGCUGGCGCUGCUGUACCCCUUCACCUGGCAGCACACCUUUGUGCCUGUGCUACCGGCCAGCAUGCUGGACAUCAGCUGCUCCCCCACCCCAUUCCUCAUUGGGGUGCUGGCACCUUGCCUGCCACAGCUGCUGGAGCUGCCCAUUGAGGAGGUGCUCAUAGUGGAUCUGUGUGCAGACAAGUUUGUGGUUCAGCUGGGCGAUGAAGACUGCAUCCUGCCCAGAAAACUGCAGGCAGCACUACAGCAGAUCCUUGAGGAGAGGGAGGAUAUCCUGAGACAGGAGGAUGGAGACAGAUGUGGAGGUCAGCAGGCUGACCUGAGCUCUCUGGUGUCGGAGGGUUUUGUGCGGUUCUUCGUGGAGUUGGUGGGCCACUAUCCCCUCCACAUGGUCGAGUCCUCCAACGGGAGCAGAGAGGUCCAGCGCGAUGGCUUCCGCAAAUCUCACCCCUCCCGCGGAGUCCGGCAGUUCCUGCAGCUCUUCAUGGACACUCAGAUGUUCGCCGGCUUCAUUCAGGACAAAGAGCUGCGCAAGGGAGGAGGAAGAGGUCUCUUUGAGACCAGAGUUGCAGAGUAUCUGGAUUCUUACCCUGAGCCGGAGCCAAGUGGUGUGAACAAAUUUCUUAAAGGACUGGGAAACAAGAUGAAGCUCCUACAGAUGAAAUGAAAACAGACCAACACCUUGGCUUUUUAAAAUGACAGACUCUGUAAUAACGAGCAGAACAGUUUUUGGUGCUGGACUUGCUGAGGAUCUGAAUGUGGAUGAGAGUCUUGUCUCCAGACGUGAAUGGGACAGUGAAGAGUUUUCGGUAUGAGAGGACCAGGUUUACCUUAUAGCCACGUAUGCAUGACUGAGAGCAGAGCACUUUUUAAUCGGACGAAAACUGGAAAGGCUAAUUGUCUUUUAUUGUUUUAUGAAACCUUAAGGACGAAGCACAAACUACAAAAAACAUUCCAGCUACUUAACCUCAGUUAUCAACCUGAACGUACAUGGUUGUGACUAUUUUCUCUUUGACUGGAAACAAUUUCCUCAUAGAUUCAGCUCUUCUACACAAUGUGUGCAUUUUAUAGUUAAUGCAACAAGUAAAAGAUAGAUUUCAAUCUUGUAAGUACUUUACAACUGAAAAUGGUCUGUAUGGUUCAGACCUGAUGCAUGAUUUUUACAUUUUAACAUGUUAUCCAUUACCCCUUCAGCACAAACUGUACACAAACCUUUUGUUUACUAUGUUUGUAUAUGUUUGCAUUUCAGUUAAAGUUGGUUUGUUGACUCUCAUCAGAACAUUCCAAAGUGUUAAGACUCCAGGUUAAACCUCAUCAAUCAAAAUUAGUAUUUACUCUUACAUACAGAAAUUAGGUCUGUUUUUUUCUUUCUGUCAUUGUUUUUCUCCUGUUUAACUGGAGUUGUAAAUAUGUUGCACAAUGUAGAGAACCAUUGUACAGUAUUUGUAAUAUUUUUGUAUAAAAGCAUGGUUGUGUCCUAAAUUAAAUAAAUGGGUUCCCAAGGACAGCA